GGCAACUCUCUGUAUUCAAACCAAACCAAUUGGCCGUUCUUCCUCUUACUGUCAUUCUUCUUCUUAUUUACUACUGUUAGAAAAUAAUGGAGUCGAAAAUGAAAGGUUUAUCGCUGCUGCUUGUGCUACUGUGCGCCAUUUUCAACAUUUCCUUAUCCUUAACUGAUGGAUUGUUAAAGAAUGGAAACUUUGAAAUGCCGCUGGCGAAAGGAGACCUCAAUGGCACGGUGGUCCUAAAGCACAAUGCCAUACCGGAGUGGUCGAUCUCCGGCUUCGUUGAGUACAUAAAGGCGGGCCAAAAACAAGGUGACAUGCUACUGGUGGUGCCGGAGGGCUACGCCGCGGUUCGUCUAGGAAACGAGGCGUCCAUCAAGCAAGUAUUGAAUGUUACAAAGGGAAUGUACUAUUCCUUAACAUUCAGUGCUGCUAGAACUUGUGCUCAGGAAGAACGUAUCAAUGUAUCCGUUACACCCGAUUUCGGAGUACUGCCUAUCCAAACAUUGUAUAGUAGCAGUGGUUGGGACUCUUAUGCUUGGGCAUUUCAAGCUGAAUUUAGCCAAGUUGAGGUUUUACUGCACAAUCCAGGUGUUGAGGAAGAUCCUGCUUGUGGUCCUCUCAUCGACUCAAUCGCCAUUCGCUCUUUAUACCCUCCUAGGGCCACUAAUAAGAACUUGUUGAAAAAUGGAGAUUUUGAAGAGGGUCCAUACAUAUUACCAAACACAAGCUGGGGUGUCCUUGUACCACCAAACAUUGAAGAUGACCAUUCCCCUAUACCAGCAUGGAUGGUUGAGUCACUAAAGGCAGUCAAAUACUUAGACUCUGAUCAUUUCUCAGUGCCACAAGGCAAGAGAGCCAUUGAGCUAGUUGCUGGAAAAGAAAGUGCAAUUGCCCAAGUUGCAAGAACAACUAUUGGCAAAAUGUAUCAACUCAGUUUCAAAGUUGGAGAUGCCAGCAACUCUUGUGAAGGUUCCAUGAUUGUUGAGGCCUUUGCUGGAAGGGACACUCUUAAAGUCCCUUAUGCGUCUAAGGGGAAAGGUGGUUAUAAGCGCGCUGUUCUCCGUUUCAAGGCCGCUGCUACUCGCACUAGGAUCAUGUUCCUUAGCACAUAUUACCAUACGAGGAGCGAUGAUUUUGUUUCCCUCUGUGGUCCUGUUGUUGAUGAUGUGAAGCUCUUGAGUGUUAGGAACCCUCGUCGAUUCCUCUGAGUCAUGUAUUUUGGUGAAAAAUGAUGAAUUUUCGAGUUAUAGUACUGAGAAAAUUUGGUUGUAAUGAAGCAAGAAGACUGUGGGAUUUCUGUUUCUCUUAGCUUGUUUACUAGCAGUAUUUUCAUAUGAGUAUGUAUUAUACUAAUGUCUAAUGAAAGGCAAAGAAGCAUAUAUAUUUUGAUUGGUGUUGAGUGGUUUAUGUAUUGAAGCACAAUAAAUCAUUAAUGGAUUUGAAGUUGCUAUUGA